GGCCUUAGCAAGAUCAUGAAUUUUACCUGAAUAAAGGUCCCACCCGCCCCAUACUGGAAGACAAUACUCCCAAUUCUGCUUGCGUUCCAAAGCUGUUCUUCUCUCGCAGCUGAUCUUCACAGGUGAGACGACUUUAUAAUUCCACUCGACUUUAAUUUUGAAGCCGCCCUCGUGCUAAUCAAGUCUCCCAAGGAUUUCCACGUACAUCUUACUGCAACACUGGCCAAGGACCAAGGCCAGAACCAGAACAAAAAUCACCUCCACCACUACUACUCCUGGUUAGACUUCACAGGCAUGUCGGCCGACCCGUUCUUGCGGCAGUGGCUGCCUCCGGUACUUGUCUUUCUAUUCUUUUUCAGCCUGAUUUCUUUCUCCAAAUCCGACGAGCUUCAGCCGCUUCUCAAACUCAAGUCGGCCCUCCAAGAUUCAAAUACCAAUGUUUUCAGCUCCUGGACACAAGGUAACUCCGUGUGCAACUUCGCUGGGAUUGUAUGCAACUCCAAUGGACUGGUCAGAGAAAUCAAUCUCCCCAAACAAAAUUUACGUGGAAUUCUUCCAUUUGAUUCGAUAUGCAUGCUUGGGUCUCUAGAAAAGCUCUCCCUCGGGUCGAAUUUUUUGUAUGGCACCAUCACUCGGGACUUGGAAAAUUGUACUAGUUUACAACACCUCGACAUGGGUCACAAUUCAUUUUCUGGAGAAGUUCCUGACUUGUCUUCCUUAGGGCGAUUGAAUUUCUUGAGUUUAAACGACAGCGGGUUUUCUGGGUCGUUUCCAUGGAGAUCAUUGGAAAAUCUUACCAGUCUCACUUUCUUAAGCCUGGGUGACAACUUCUUCCAAACAAGUCCUUUCCCUGUGGAGGUCUUGAACCUUGAGAAUUUGUACUGGCUUUACCUCUCAAACUGCAGCCUCGUAGGACGGAUUCCAGAGGGUCUCGGAAACAUUACUCAGCUCAUAAAUCUUGAGCUUUCCUGUAACCAAUUGUCUGGUGAAAUCCCGGCCGAUAUAGGAAAGCUCAAGAAUCUUUGGCAACUUGAGCUUUACAGUAAUUUCUUGACCGGAGAACUGCCGGCGGGAUUUGGAAAUCUUACGAGUCUAGAGAAUUUUGAUGCGAGCCGUAACAAGCUCCAAGGCAAUAUUUCUGAGGUGAGAUUCUUGACAAAGCUUGCUUCUUUACAGAUCUUUGAGAACCAGUUCGCAGGGGAGGUUUCUGAAGAGCUUGGGGAGCUCAGGAACCUCGUGAAGUUGUCGCUCUACAGGAACAAGUUCACUGGUCCUCUUCCUGAAAAGCUCGGCUCGUGGGCGGAUUUUGAUUACAUUGAUGUCUCGGAGAAUUCUUUUAGCGGUCUUAUACCUCCAGACAUGUGCCGGAAUGGUAAAAUGGAUAAACUGCUUUUGGUACAGAAUAGGUUCACUGGUGGAAUCCCAGAAAACUAUGCGAAUUGCUCGUCUCUGACUCGGAUACGAGUGACUAACAAUUCUCUUUCGGGUGUUAUUCCCGUUGGGAUAUGGGGCUUGCCCAACUUAGCCUUGCUUGAUCUCUCUAUCAAUCAUUUCGAAGGUCCGGUGGCAUCCUUUAUUGUUAAGGCAAAAUCUCUAGCACAGUUAUAUCUAUCUAACAACCGCUUCUCCGGUGAAUUGCCGGUGACGAUUUCCGAAGCUGCAUCUUUAGUCUCAAUACAGUUGAGUUCGAAUCAAUUUUCUGGUCAAAUCCCAGCAACAAUUGGUGGAUUGAAGAAUCUAAACAGUCUUCAUCUAGAUGGAAACAUGUUUUCCGGCGUUAUACCGGAUUCAUUAGGCUUAUGUGUUUCCCUCACCGACAUAAACCUCUCCGACAAUUCACUUUCAGGCAACAUUCCAGCAGGUCUUGGAUAUUUGCCUACUCUCAACUUCUUGGACUUGUCCAAUAACAAUCUUUCUGGAGAAAUUCCUAACAGUUUGUCAUCGCUGAGUCUAAGCCUUCUGGAUCUGUCAAAUAACCAGUUGAUCGGUCAAAUACCUGAGGCUCUUUCGAUCCAACCCUUCAGUGACAGCUUCGAUGGAAAUCCAGGCUUAUGCAGUCCAAAUUUCAAGCAUUUCCAGCCAUGUUCAUCAGGUUCUAGAACAACAAAACACCUCCGGACGCUGAUUUUCUGUUUUAUUGCUGGGGCUUUGAUUCUGCUUGUUUCGUUGGCAAGCUUCCUAUGCGUUAAGCUAAGACAUAAUAACCUCGAUGGUCCAUUGAAGCCUAAUUCUUGGGAUAUGAAGCCCUAUCGAGCGCUAAGCUUCACAGAGAAUGAGAUCAUUAAUGCCAUAAAAAGUGAUAAUCUGAUUGGAAAAGGAGGAUCGGGGAAUGUGUACAAGGUUAUAUUAGCUGAUGGUAAAGAACUUGCUGUAAAACACAUUUGGAUAUCUGAUUCGGGUGACCGGAAAGAUUGUCAGAGCAGCUCGGCUAUGCUAACAAAAAGGAGUUUCCGGUCAGCAGAGUAUGAAGCCGAGGUGGCCACAUUGAGCUCAGUGAGGCAUGUGAAUGUGGUGAAGCUCUACUGUAGCAUCACAAGUGAGGAUAGCAAUCUGCUGGUUUACGAGUAUUUGCCAAAUGGGAGUUUGUGGGAUUGUCUGCAUACAUGCAAGAAGAUGGAGGUGGGAUGGAAGGUGCGGUAUGAGAUUGCACUAGGGGCUGCUAGGGGAUUGGAGUAUCUGCACCAUGGGUGUGGUAGAUCGGUGAUUCAUCGUGAUGUGAAAUCCAGUAAUAUCUUGCUAGAUGGAAAUUGGAAGCCAAGGAUAGCUGAUUUCGGGUUAGCUAAGAUAGUGCAGGCUGGUGGAGGAGAUUGGACUCAUGUUGUUGCUGGGACACUUGGAUACAUUGCUCCAGAGUAUGCAUACACAUACAAGGUAAAUGAGAAGAGUGAUGUCUACAGCUUUGGGGUAGUCCUUAUGGAGCUUGUCACAGGAAAGAGGCCGAUUGAGCCAGUGUUUGGAGAGAACGGGGACAUAGUCAGCUGGAUAUGCAGCAAAAUGCAUAGCAAAGAGAGUCUGCUUGACUUGGUGGACUCAACCAUCUCAGAGGCUCUGAAGGAAGAUGCAAUCAAGGUGUUGAGAAUAGCAAUCCACUGUACGGCAAAACUUCCAAGUCUAAGACCCUCCAUGAGGGUGGUAGUUCAGAUGCUAGAAGAGGCUGAGCCAUGUGGUCUUACCGAUAUUGUUGUAGAUAAAGAAUGCCAAGAUGGUUCAAAUGAGAGAGUGAAGAAUACUGGCAGUAUCCGAGCCCUUGAAACUCAAAUUGAUUUUCCCUGCUAAACGAAGAACGAAAAGCUGGGCUUUGGAGCAGUGAUAGCAAUUAAGAAGGGAUUGUAUUGUUUUGAUCUCUGCUCGUAAGAGAGACACAGAGACUUUACAGUUUACAGGGUAUUGUACAAGAAAUAAUCAUCCUCACAUCAAGCAAGUUGUAUCAUCAAUGCUGCAUUCUACUUCUAUUUGAUUAGCAAUGCUAAAAAAUCGUUCAA